UCGAAAUGGCGCGAUAUUACGAAGUGUCCGUCAGUGAUUUAUGAUGUUCAAGUGUUUGCCAAUCAUAGGACCUUGUGGUCGACAUAUAGAUCAUAUUGAUCGACGUCAUUCAAAACUUGAACAAGUUCCAGAUGAUGUAAUAAGAAAUUUUCGUACUUUAGAAGAGUGUCGUUUAGAUGCCAAUCAAAUCAAGGAAUUACCAAAGAACUUUUUCCGCUUGAAGCGCAUUCGUCUCCUCACACUGAGUGAUAAUGAGUUAACACGCUUGCCAACUGGAAUUGGCAGCUUCUCUAAUCUUGUGGAGUUGGACAUUAGUAGAAAUGAUAUAUCUGAGCUUCCUGCGAGUAUUCGGUUCUGUGAUUCUUUACAGAGUUUGGAUGUAAGCAAUAAUCCUUUGCAAAGCUUACCUGCUGGGUUCUGCCAGUUGCGCAAUCUUCGAGUUUUAUGUCUUAAUGAUAUUUCGAUUGCUGAGCUUCCAGAAGAAAUAGGCAGUUUACAGUUACUAGAAAAAUUAGAACUUCGUGAUAAUUGUCUCAAGUCAGUACCAGAUUCUUUCGCUGAUCUUAUUCAUUUGGAGUUUCUUGAUCUUGGUGCCAAUGAGUUUCAAGAGUUGUCUCCCGUAAUUGGUCAGCUCUCUCGAUUGAGCGAAUUAUGGAUAGAUGAUAAUGAAUUGAGAUCAUUACCUGAAGAGUUGGGAAAUCUUGGGAAUUUGCAACAGUUGGAUUUAUCAGAAAACCUUAUUUCUACUCUGCCUGAAAGCAUCUCGGGAUUAGUUUCACUGUCGGACUUAAAUUUAUCACAAAAUAGCAUAACACAUUUACCAAGUGGCUUAGGUGAUUUAGACAAGUUGAUCAUUUUAAAGCUCAAUCAAAAUCGACUGCUAACAGUAACACCAACUAUAGGAAACUGUUCCAGUUUACAAGAAUUAUAUUUAACUGAAAAUUUUCUUUCUAAACUCCCGUCUUCUAUUGGCAAUUUAGUCUCCAUGUUUCAUCUGAAUGUUGAUCAAAAUCAAUUGACUGAGUUACCCUCUGAGAUUGGUCAAUGUGCAUCACUUAAUAUUUUGUCUCUUCGAGAAAAUAAUUUGCAUAGAUUACCUAAUGAAAUUGGUAAUUGUACACGUUUACGAGUUUUGGAUGUUUCUGGGAAUAGACUUGAUCGUUUACCGUUUAGUUUAUCAAGAUGCUCAUUGACAGCUUUAUGGCUUUCACAGAAUCAAUCUCAACCAGUUAUUACAUUACAAAGAGAUGUGGAUCCUGUUACUCAAGAACAGUAUCUCACAUGUUAUUUACUACCACAGGAUCAACUAGACUCACGUGUUGAAACUGAUCCAACUAUGUCACCAUCUGAAUUAGAUAGCUUUUCUGCUUCAUUAAACGCCAACACUAAAACAAACCAUGAUUUACUUGACAAUAUCAGUGCUGAAAUUAAUCAUACCUAUGAGCCUGCAGAUAUGCAUAUAUCAAUUCCUCAAUCAGAUCUUUCAAAAAAUCGAAGUAUUUCACCAUCGAAACAUGAAUCGACUAAACCAUCGACUUCACCAUCAUCAACACUGAAUGAUAAUUCAGCAAUAACAAAUGAUCCUAAUUCAUUAAACAAUCAUCAUUCAAUUAAUUCUACAACUGAUCCUACAAAAAAUUUACCAUAUUCAAAUUCAUCUAUUAAUUCACCGUCAAAUGUAAAUGGUAAUUUAGAUUCAUCCUAUACAUCACCAAAUCAUAUAAAUGAUCUUUCUACCUCAUCUGCACAUUCAUCUCUAUCUAUGCAAACAUCUGCAUCAACUCGUGUUCAUUUCUCUGGUUCAGUUAAACCUGAUGAGAUGGAUAAAUCAGGUUCCAAAGGUUUUCCAAAAACACGUCAUCCCCGUUCCGGUAAAAAAGCUACGGAUAAUCAUCUUAUUAGUGGUAAAGAUGAUUCCAGUCAAUGCAGAAGUGCUAAUUUAUCUUCAAAUACAUUUUCUGAUGGCACCAGUUCUGCUAGUUCAUCAGAAUCUCUAAAUGAUGGAACUGCUCCAAUCUCACUGUCGGAAUCAUUAAAUUAUGAUUGGAAGUCUCCAAAACCUAUUGAUUCUAAUUUUAACUCUUCCAUUUAUCCAAAUCAUCUAAUGAAAUCGAAUGAUGGGAGUUCUGUGGUAACUGACGAUAAUCUUAUCUCCACCGUACCGACUGCCAAACCACGCAAUAAAUCUCAACAUGUUACAGAAAUGUUUGAUAAUAAACCUCCUCAAUCUUCUAAUUUUUUCAACGAACACCCAGCGUCAAAAUCUCCUACAGAAAUAAGUAAACCUAAAAUUCCUAGCGAUACCGUAAUUAGGAUGGCCUCUGUAGAAGAUACUUCAGAUGCUCAUUCCACUCGUGGAUCUCCGGUAAAAAAAUUUCCCGAUACUUUGGAAGUACAAGGGAAUCUUGAUGAAGAUGCCUAUAGUAGUGGAGGUGAAGAGAUUUACGUUAUUUCUAGACGAGUUGGAUUCACAGAUGAUGUGGAAGAUAAUGAAGAGAAAUCAAAUCAAAAACUUAUUCGACGUGAUACACCACAUUAUACAAAACGCGCUCGAAUUCAGUCAAAAACAGCUGAUGGGAUGGAUAGUGAAGAAGCAGUAUUGAAAAUAUUAGAAAAGUAUCGAGCAUCCGUUUCACCGAAUCCUGAUUCAAAUUCAAUUGAUUUUGACGGAGCUGUAAAACGAUUUGCCUCCCCAUUUGGUGGAUUAAGUCCUCCUGAUAUCCCAUUACAAAGUCGUGACUUGCAUUCUCCAUCAUCGUUACAUAGACAACCUGUUGUCGGCUGUCAGCAAGAACAAGUUGAAGUUCACAUCCAUCGACAACCUAAUGCUGGUUUAGGUCUUAGCGUGGCUGGUGGAGUUGGGUCAAUACCAUUUCGUGGUUUAGAUCAUGGUAUAUUUGUUAGUCGAUUAAAUCCUACUGGAUUAGCUGCCACUUCGGGACUUAAACUUGGCGAUAAACUAUUAGAGGUUAAUGGUGUUAGUCUUAUCAAUGUCGAACAUAAUGUAGCUGUGUCUGCUUUACGUGCCAAUACAAAUUACUUCCGUAUUCUAGUUGGUCGUGAUAUUCAAAUGUCUACGAAAGCAGACAAUUAUAAAAUUAUUCCCUCUAUGGUAUCAGGAACAAAAUUAAACCUGUCGACUCAAUCACCACAGGUUACGGGAACUAUUAACACCAAAGAAAUACCUGAAUUUAUUCACUGUACAUUACACCGAGAUUUAAAUGGUCUAGGAUUUAGUAUUGCCGGUGGUCAAGGCUCACUUCCUCCACCAUUAGAUAAUGAAAUGCUGGUACUAUGUCAAGCCCACAUAGGUUAUUUUAGCCCCUGGACAGGCCAAUUUAUUAAUGCUUCUCGAGUCAUAUUUUGACCUUGUUAAUCAUUCGUUUAUCAACCUGGAUUGUAUUUGCGUAAACGUGUGUGUGUUCAUGUCUUAUCCUGCUCAUCACGUAUCUAACUUACUUUUGUCUGACUAUAAAUAUUGAGUUGGCUCACAUGCCCUCUCCGAUCGUCCGCCUAGAUCAACAACUGUAGGAAGUGUACGUAUUUGAUUUAUUUAAUCCCGUUAUUCACUAAUGUGGUUUAAAUCGAUAGUUUUAUACGAGGACUGGUGAUCAAACUGGAGUCAGAUAUUCCAGGGCCCCUAAAAUACCAUAUAUUGUCCAUUGAUUACUUUCAAAUGAAGUUCUUGUUUGAUACCUUACUUUAACUAUUCUAUGUUGUAAUCGGUUUUUUCGUGUCAUUUUUAUUCACUAAGUGUUUGUUAUGUAUUAUGUGUUCAUGUUAUUGAUGAAGUGUUAUACUUAUUGCUUGUAAUUAUUUAAUUACGAUGAAUUAUAUAUGUAUUUCUCUGUUGCAAAGAAUGAAAUUGAAAUGACCCUUCUGUCGUAAAAAUGUCUUUUUCCUCUUUUUUUAAAAUUUAAUUUCAUCAAAAAUAUGUUUAAUUGUCGAAAUAAUUUCAUUCUUUAUUUUAUUUCAAUUUAAAUAUAGUUGAUCCUUCAUUAAAAUUGAAUGU